CAAAGAAGUAGUGACAUACACAAGUCGAACAGGUGCUAGGUGAAAUGACACGACUGUUGACACCUUCUUACAGCUUCACUCCGAUUUUUAAUCUGCUAUAAUUGACUUAUUCUUGUGAACAUCAUUCUCUUGAGACUGCUGAAACGCUAGUCGUCAGUGGUAAAGUAAAAGAAGUAGCCAGUAUAGUGUCAGUAUCAUGACAGACAAAACCAAUCCAAUCGACUUACCUGACAACAUCAGGGUUUUCGACAACUUGAGAAACGCUAAGAGAUUUGCCAUCGACAUAGGUGGAUCGCUCACAAAAAUUGCAUACUACUCAACAACGUCGCAAAGAACGGUUUUCUAUGGCCCUCUCAACAAAGAUGAGCAAGAAGAAGCGUCUCUCGAGGAGGCCCUUGUGUACGAAAUCUCGGAGGGAGCUCGUCUGCACUUUAUCAAAUUUGAGACGCGAUUCAUUUCUCAAUGCCUUGACUUCAUCCAGCAGCACUUGGUAAACACCCGGGAUCACAUGUUGGGCAAAAGUAUCAAGGCCACAGGUGGUGGAGCGUACAAAUACACAGAGCUCAUACAUGAUAAAUUGGGCCUUUCGGUUGACAAGGAAGACGAGCUGAGCUGUUUAAUCAAAGGCUGUAAUUUUUUGUUGAGAAACAUGACUGAUGAGGCGUUCACAUUCUGCCGCCACGCAAAUCCUGAGUAUAUAUUCAUGAAGGCGCAACCCAAUAUUUUCCCUUACAUGUUAGUCAACAUUGGUUCAGGAGUCAGCAUCUUGAAGGUCGAGUCUGAGGAUAAAUACGAAAGAAUCGGCGGCACAGCCACAGGAGGCGGAACCUUUUGGGGGCUAGGCAAACUCUUGACCUCAGCCAAAGGUUUUGAUGAGUUGCUCGACCUUGCCGAGAAAGGGGACCACCGCAACCUGGACAUGUUGGUCAAGGACAUUUACGGAGGAGAUUAUGAGCUGCUUGGUUUGCCUGGAGACCUGAUAGCUUCGUCUUUUGGCAAGGCCAUGCACGCGAAAAAGGACAGCAGCGAGUACUCGGAGGCGGACAUUGCCAGGAGUCUGCUCUUCACGAUUAGCAAUGAUAUUGGCCAGAUUGCGUGUCUUUACGCGAUGAUGUACAAAAUGCCAAGGAUAUACUUUGGCGGCUAUUUCUUGCGAGGGCAUCCGUUAAGCAUGCACAGCAUCUCAUUUGCAAUAAACUACUGGAGCCGCGGUGAAGUCCAGGCUCUGUUUCUCAGGCAUGAAGGCUACUUAGGCGCUAUUGGCGCUUUUCUCAAAGGAGCAGAGGAGUGCGAUUCGGAUAAAUACUCGUGGAAGGAAAAUCUGGCUGGCAGCGCACAGGAGCUGAACUUCACCAUUGAGCCUUUUGAAACAGUGCCAGUGACACCGCCAGCGAAUCUGAUUUUGGGCCAACUGGAAAUGGACCGCUGGGAACACCCGGUCACCUCUUUGCCCUUCUUGGCCGACCCAGACAACUACAUCCCUGACACCGUUGAUUUGAAUAAAGACACAGAGGCGAGGGAUUACUGGAUUCAAUGCUUCCGAGAUGCCACAUGCAAAUACGUUGACAGAGCCAUCCAAAGUCAGCCGCACAGUGAAACAGCAGAGAAGAGGGCCCACAAGUUUCGAGACAAGUACCUCAGCAGGCUGCAGUACUUGCAGGAAAAGCCAUUUGCGUACGGCAACCUGACCGUGAGGAGUCUCCUAGACACGAUCGAGCACCUGUUGAAGGAGUUUGAUUUUCCUGAUCCUUACCUGAUGCAGAAAAAGCAGGAGAACGAAAUCGCCAUGGCCUUGCUUCCACAGCGGCUGCAGCAUUUGGACAAGAUGAGCGAAAUCAACAGACGCACUGAGCUGAUUAGGGCAAUUUUGGCUGGCAAUAUGUUUGACUGGGGUGCCAAGGAAGUUGCAGCGCUGAUGAGCCAAAAUGGUUUUGGCUUUGAAGAAGCAAUGUCCAAACUGCAGGAGAGGCCGUGGCUGGUUGAUGGACUGGACCAGUGGCUUCAGAGAAUGAAGGGUCCUGCUCACAAAUGUGCCGCCAUAUUUGUCGACAACAGUGGUUUUGACAUAGUGCUCGGCAUCAUUCCGUUCGCCCGUGAGCUCCUGAAACGAGGCACUCGAGUUAUUCUGUGCGCCAACUCGGCGCCCGCGCUCAACGACGUCACCUACUCUGAGCUGCAGGAGUUGCUGCGCCAGGUCGGCGUCAUGUGUCCUAUUAUCCAAAGUGCCCUACAAUCGUCAAGACUGCUAGCCAUGGGCACUGCUCAAGCCGGGCCCUGCUUAGAUCUAAGACAAGUGUGUCGUGGUUUGAUCAAGACGCUAGUACAAAGUGAGGUUGAUUUGAUUGUGUUGGAAGGGAUGGGUCGCGCCCUGCACACAAACCUCACCGCCAAGUUCACCUGCGAAUGUCUUAAAGUGGCUGUGAUCAAGAACCGGUGGCUAGCCAACAGACUAGGUGGUGACAUGUUUUCUGUCAUUUGCAAGUUUGAGCCUGAAGCAAUCGAUUAAUUUCAAUCAAAAUGUCACGAAUGUAGCCAAUGUCCCAAUGUCAUUUGUGCUGUUUUCGAGUUUUCAAACGUGGUUUUAUUAGUUCCAUUAAAUUUCAGUCUGCCAUAACAGAAGAUAGUUAUUAACAUAUUUAUGUUUUCAAGUCAAUGUACUUAUUUAUGUUUUAUUCGUGGAAGUUUAAAAGAAAAAUGAAUUUUGAUUAUGUUACAAAGGUGCCUGCAGCCUUAAAUAUAACAAUUAAUUGUCAUUUUUACAAUUUAAAGACGAACUGAUUUUCUUCUUCUCAUGAAGUUUGAAUUCUCAUGUUUUGAGACGAAAAAGAUGCAUGUACGUGUGAGACUUAAUUAAAAGUGAGAUCAGGUAUAUAUAUGUUAUAUGAAAUUAUUAAAAAUAAAUUUUUGUCAAUCUUGUA